AUGGCUAGCGACAGUGCCCUGGGCCUUCUAUUUGCACUGAUUGCGGCCAUCGCCUUCGGCAUCCAGUAUGUACCGGUCAAGAAGUACGAGAUCUUUGAAGGGACGGCCUUCCAGUGGUUCAUGUGCAACGGCAUCCUCAUGGUUGGCUUCGUCAUCGCUAUCGCUGCUGGCGAGCUGGACCGCGGACUGCCACCCUUGGUCGUCUUUGGCGGGGCUCUUUGGGCGAUGUCCAACUACUUCGUACUGCCACUGGUGAAGCUGCUCGGGAUCGGCCUGGGAUUCUCACUCUACCACUUCGUGAACUUGAUGGUUGGAUACUGCAUCGGCCGGUUCGGCCUCUUCGGCGUGACCCCGCUAACAGGGGAACUGGUCUACUGCGAUGGUGGCUGCCUCUUGAUUCUGAUGUCCUUCUUCAUCAUGGUGUUUGUCGAGGCGGGCCAUGGUGAUGACGAGGACUCCGAGGACUCCGAGGAAAGCGACGAGAGCAGAGCUUCCUCGACCGACAAUUUGGUGGGUGAGGGGAUGACCGCUGCAGAGUGCGACAUGAACUUUAUGUCCGUGGGCGGUUUCUCAGUCUUCGGCGCCCCCUCCAACCGCCAACUGGCCGCGAGGAAGGUUGACCAGAGGGACCCAAACCGACGCAAGUCCUCCUUAGACACGCUUGGCCCAGGAGCACGGAAAGUGGUUGGCGUCUUACUGGCUGUGGUAGCGGGGGGCCUCUGUGGAGUUCAAGGUGUCCCUGCUACACUUUGGGAAAAAGAACAUCCCGACGUGCAUGCCUUCGCAGUUGCCUUGCCACAAUGCUUCGGAAUAUGGGCAUGCUCCAGCGUGCUGCUCAUGCUGUACUCAAGCAUCGCUGUGGUGCGCGGUGUGAAAGUGCAGAAGUCCGUGAUUGGGCCUGCAUAUGCCAGCGGCUGCAUAUGGGGCGUGGGCUUCGCAUGCAUGAUGAAAGGAAUCAAGUACUUGGGCUACUCGGUGGGAUAUACUCUCGAUGCUGUCGGUCCCAUAUUGGUCUCAAGCUUGCUCUCAGUUUUUGUGUUCCGCGAGAUCACCGGCCAACGGCAGCUGAUGAUCUACUUUGGUGCCUUCUUUCUACAACUGGUUGGAGUGAUACUCAUUGCGAGCUUCGGCAAGCCGGACUAA